GUGCUUGUUAUUUUAGAGCGAUCCUUAGCAGUGCGUACACGAGCUGUUGGGCGAUUAUCGCGAUCGUUGUUAUCGCGCGUCCGUCGCGGUGUCCGGCGCACUCACAGCCACGCUCACUCCAUACACAACACGCGCCGUACGCGCUGGCCAUCAGCUCAUCCGGACACAUUUCCUUUUCGAAUUAAAAUACUCGUUUUCUAUGGAAUAAUAACGGAACUUAUCUAAAUCAUAAUGUACCGGGAGGACAGCGGUCUGCUUUUUGAGGACCCCCUACUCAACGAUCAACUACUUUUCGAAUAUUCGCCGGCCGAAAGCCUUAUACACUUCGAACUGCCUUCACCGAUUAGUACGGAAGUUGAUGAUUGGUCAUUUAAUGAUCUCGAUUUUCAUUGUGAUGCUUUCGUGAGCGGGCUCAAUGAUUCCAACCGAAACAAUAACUUGGAAGAAAACUCACCAGUUCUAUUCGACUUUGCGGAUUUAGAUAAAAGUAUCGACUUCGACGAAUAUCUCUUAGAAGCAUUGAGUAGUGACAAAUCGUGUGAUACGCAACAAAGCGAAGCAGAAGCUAAUUUGGAUCGUCUUUCGGUGCUCGGUAUUGACUUGGACACAUCUCACGCGGCUAAUCUACGCAUUGACGAUCAAUUUCCUAAAGACGAAAGUGAUAAUCAAAAUGUAAGCAAUAUCGUUGAAGAAACAAAAGUACAAUCAUGGGGAGAGCCUACGUUUUGUCCAGUUCUAGGUGCGUUUCGGUGCCCGGUAGUGGAGUGCGGCAAGUUGUACGCGAAAGCCUCCCACGUUCGAGCACAUUUGCGAAGACACAGCGGUGAAAAACCUUACAAGUGCACGUGGGGAGGGUGCAGUUGGCGAUUCGCGCGAUCAGAUGAGCUCGCGCGACACCGACGAAGCCAUUCUGGUGACAAGCCCUACAGGUGCAGUGAAUGUGGGAAGAGAUUUGCGCGUUCCGAUCAUCUCGCUAAGCACGGCCGCGUGCACGCGAGACGCGCGGCCGCUGCAGCCGCUGCUGCCAAGCGAGCGUCCUCACAUAGCCAACGGCGUCGACUUAUCUGACAUUCUAUUUUUCUGUUUGUGCCAAUGUGAAUCUGUUCAGAACGUAGGUACAACUAUAGUGAAUAAACUGUUAAAAUUGUGCCAAAUUAAACUGUUACUUAAAUUUAAUUUAAUCGUUACAUUAUAUUCUGCAUUUAAGUGAUAUUAUGAAUUAUUAAAUAAGUAACUUAUGUACUAUAUAAUUACCUAGAUAUCGCCAAAUUAUUGGCACGACAAAUGUUUAAUACCAUAUUAUUUUGCUAAAGAAUUAUUGUAAAGCCUAAUUUUUAUAAGAUUAAGUACCUAAUACCUAUGUAAUACCUAAUGUUUGAAAAUAUAAUAUUUGUAGGUAUUGGUAGAUAUUUUGUGAGCGAGCACACGUGUGAGAAAUAUUAAGACGCGUAUUGAUCUGGCGCAUAUCUGGCGUGUACGAGAUGUCACUCCGUGAUACUAUUUUUAUUUAAAGCUGUUAUAAGACUGGUCACGACAGUCAAUGCACUUACGUGGUGACCUCUCAAAUCAAAUCUCAUUUAUUGCCCCUGUGGUCGGCAUUACUUUGUUAUUGUUAUGAAAGUACUUGUUAUACUUACUCUUGAUAUCAAUGUUAAGAAGUUACAUUAAGAUUACCAGAGGUACCUACAUUCAUAUUGACUGCCUAAUGUUAUAUAGUUUUAUUAAUAGUAAAAUUUAUUUGAAGUAUGUAUAAACUAUAAGCAAAUUCAUAAAUAAAAAGGCGAAAUAAAUAUAA